CCCCAAUAUGGAUGCUAAGUGAGGAGCGUUGUUGACGUCACCCACUGGAAGGAUUUCUGAUUUUGUCAAGUUAAUCUUCAAGCCGGACAUGAUCUCAAAGCAAGAAAGUGCAGCUCGUAUGUGUAGAACUUCAGAAAUGCUGGCUUCGCAAAAUAGAAGAGUAUCGUCUGCAAAUAACAAGAUAAGGGAGAGACCUUCCAUGACAAUUAGAAAGAGAAAGGGAGAAAGAGGGUCGCCUUGUCGGAGCCCUCUAUAGCUUCUGAAGUAACCUGUGGACUCGCCAUUGAGUAGUACAGAUAGGUGGGCUGUAGAGAUUGCCGUUUUGAUCCAAGACAGCCAUUUUUCCCCAAAACCCAUCCUGC